AAUAAUGUGAGAUUACGCAUUCUUUAUUUUAUUUGAAGAGAAACAGAGAGAAAAAAGUGUUUCAUCAUUAUGCAAGGGACUUCAGAACUAUCUCAGUCUCCGAGUUUAGCUCGUACAAAUCUCAAAGAAAUUGCUUCAGGAGAUGAUGUAGAAGAAGAAUUCAUAGCUGAAAAUGAAAUUGAUUCUGAAUUUUCCUUUAAUGAUAAUGACAUCAAUGAUAACCAUGAAAAUCAAGUACAUAUACAUGAUCAUGAUGAUGAAGAUGAUUUUGAAUUUGCUUUUGUGACGGAAGGAUCUAAUCAAUUUUCGCCUAUUUCUGCUGAUGAAAUCUUCUACAACGGUCAGAUCCGCCCAAUUUUCAACAGAGAUUUAUCGUUAAACGAUAAUAAUUCGGAGAAAGUUUCGACUCCGAAGAAGACGAAGUCAAAUCGAGUUUCGUUAAGGAAGCUUUUUAACGAAGAUCGUGAUAUUGCGUCGUCGUCUUCUUCGUCGGAAGCCGAAGAGUUACAAGGAAUUGCUCCGGGAACGUACUGCUUGUGGAAGCCGAAAUUGGCGGAAGAGUCUCCAUCUGAUCAAUUGCGUAAGAAGAGUAACUCCACUGGCUCCUCUUCUAAGAGGUGGAAGUUACGUGACUUCACUCACCGGAGUAACAGUGAGGGUAAAGAUACUUUCGUGUUUUUGACAACUCCGUUCAGAAAAAGAGAAGAGAAAUCAGAGACUACGAGAACCGACUCUGGAAUAAUCACCGGAAAAGUUCCCGCCGUUGAAGAUUUUCCGGCGUUGCGUUGUUCGAUAAGCGGAAAAGAUAAACGGAAGUCAUAUUUACCAUACAGGCAAGAUUUAUUAAGCUUUCUGGGUAAUGUGAAUGGGCUAAAUCGAAAUUUACAGCAUUUCUGAGGCUAAUUACAGUGAACGGAAUCUUCAGAUAGUUAAACAGUUAAUCAGUGAUUAAGCAUGGGUAAAUAAUAAUAUCUAAUGGAUUAUGAAUGAAAUAUUGAAUUAAUUUAACAGGUUAUCUAUAUAUUUAGCAUCUUUUUCUUUUUCUUCA